AUGUCACCCACAGCCACCACCACUACUUGCAACCAGAUCCCUGUUGGAGACUUGCAUUGUCAGCGUCACCCUUACGACAAGGAAUUGACAACCACUUGCAUCGACUGCUCCGAGAAACCUGAUAAGAAAGGAUUCUACCAAAUCAGGCUCCAUGACACAGUCCUCUUUCCCGAAGGUGGUGGACAACCUUUCGAUACUGGAUUCAUUGAUGAUAUCCCUGUACAUAAUGUUCAACGACAAGGUAUCGAGCAUGUUCAUUAUACCAAGGCACCAGUUGCUGUGGGGAAGCAAGUGACACUCAAGGUGGAUUGGGAUCGUCGAUGGGAUCAUAUGCAACAACAUAGCGGUCAACAUCUUCUCUCUGCUGUGCUUGAACAAGAGCCCUUCCGCGUUGAAACAGGAUCAUGGUACAUGGGUGCUACUCGCUCUUUUAUCGAAUUGGAGACACGUCAAGAUCCUUCACGUGUACCCACGCCUGAACAAUUGCAAGAGGUGGAACGUCGUGUCAAUAAGAUGAUUGUUGAAUCCAUUCCUGUGAUCGUGCAUACUCAAGCCAACAAGGAUGAUACGGAUCGACCUGAGAGUGUACCUGAUGAUUAUGUGGGAGGUGGCACCAUUCGUACUGUGGAGAUCAAGGGAGUUGACAUGAACCCAUGCUGUGGUACACACGUUUUAUCAACCGGGCAUUUACAAAUGAUCAAGUUACUGCACACCGAAAAAGUGCGUGGUGGCAAUACACGAUUGUUCUUUUUGGUGGGCCAAAGAGUGACCGAUUACGCCGAGUCCAUGUUCCAGGUCUCCAAGCAACUCACGGCAUUGCUAUCGGGACCACCAGAGACCUUUGUGGAGAAUGUUACUCGUCUACAGCAAAACAACCGCACCAACAUGAAAGCUGCCAAGCGGUGGAUGGGUGAUUUGGCAGGUCACGUGGCAACGGAUUUGAGUCAUCAAUUGGAAUCUCGUGAUACAGUGGUCAUGUACCGUGCUGAUGCCGAUAUGGAGUUCCUUACCCAGAUUGCGAAUACGUUGAAGGAUAAGCAAGUAUUGGAAGGUCGUGAAACCAAGACUAUCGUAUUGGCUGCAGGUGAAGCGAACGUGGGUGGACCUAUUAUGGUGCUUGGUGGCUCGAAUGAUUCAGUGCAAAGCGUUGCCAAGGCGGUUACUACACAGCUUGCUGAUAGUGGGAUUCGAGGUGGUGGUAAAGGACGAUGGCAAGGCAAAGCCAAAGCAUGGAAAGGAAUCGAAUCAUUACAAGAGAAGCUGGAUCAGUUAUCAAUCUCGACAUAG